GCGGUACUCGUGUCCCGGCCGAGGCGCCGGCAGGAGGCGGGAGCGGCCGCCCGGGGUUGGGUGACGCCUCCGCCUCGCUAACGCGGCGGCGGCUUUGCUAAUGACCUGUCCUUUCUUCUCCUCCCCUCCCUUUCUAUUCGCUAUUACUUAACUCUGCGGCCCCGCGGUGUGAAGCCCUCGGCGGAGCGGCGGCGGAGAGCAGGAGGAGGUAGCCGGCCUGGGGAUGCUGUAGCGGCUCUCGGCGCUCUCGGCGCGGCGCUCGCCCCUGGCUUGGGGAACGGAGCCGAGGGGCUGCGAGAGGGGCAGAGCCGGCCCGGCGCCGGCAGGCGCAGGUAAAGAGCCACCCGGGCAUCCCCGAGGGAGAGGGAUUUCAGGGCGCUGGGGGUCGGACACAGUGCCCUGUCACACGAGAGACUGUUCGGCAACUGUCAAGUCUCCUAAACGGAACCUCUGGAUUGUCCUUAACCUGGAAUGAAAUCGGGCACUAGGCAGAAAGUCUGUGCUGUUGGCUUGGCUCAGUCAGGCGGCUUGUGCUGUUCCCGGUCGGCUGGUCAAAGGAGGGUCCUCUGUCCUGGGAGCGAGGAGCAGAAUGUCAGAAGCUUUUUAUUGAUGAAGAACUGCUUGUUGUCACCAAUCUGCACAUGAAAUGGAAUGGGAAGAGUCUCUGGAAAACAACUUCUGUUUCAGCCUUGCAAGAUGCUGCAUGAAGGGUAAAAAGAAGUUUAAGUGACUGCUCUACUUGAUCAAAAUGGUGGACACUGAAAACCAGCUCUAUCCCCUUACUCCCUUGGAGGAGGAGGAUAUAGACAGUCCUUUAUCUGGAGAGUUCCUACAAGAUAUGGAGAACAUUCAAGACCUGUCCCAGUCUCUAGGUGAUGAUAGUUCUGGAGCUUUAAGUUUAACAGAAUUCCAAUCACUGGGAAAUGGUCCAGGAUCAGAUGGAUCAGUUAUAACAGACACCCUUUCACCAGCAUCCAGUCCUUCAUCCAUUAAUUUUACCACUGCUCCAGGUAGCAUAGAUGAAUCACCCAGUGGAGCAUUAAACAUUGAAUGUAGAAUUUGUGGGGAUAAAGCCUCAGGCUACCAUUACGGAGUACAUGCUUGUGAAGGUUGUAAGGGCUUUUUUAGAAGAACAAUUCGUUUAAAACUCAUCUAUGAUAAAUGUGAUCGCAACUGCAAAAUUCAGAAAAAAAAUCGUAAUAAGUGCCAAUACUGUCGUUUUCAAAAGUGCCUUUCAGUUGGAAUGUCACAUAAUGCAAUACGUUUUGGACGAAUGCCGAGGUCUGAGAAGGCCAAGCUCAAAGCGGAAAUUCUAACAGGUGAAAAUUAUGUAGAAGAUUCAGAAAUGGCAGAUCUUAAAUCACUUGCCAAAAGAAUUCACGAUGCCUACCUGAAAAACUUCAAUAUGAACAAAGUUAAAGCCAGAAUCAUCCUUGCAGGGAAAACAAAUAACAAUCCACCAUUUGUUAUACAUGAUAUGGAUACUUUAUGUAUGGCAGAGAAGACCCUGGUGGCAAAACUGGUAGCCAAUGGGAUUCAGAACAAAGAAGCAGAAGUUCGAAUCUUCCACUGCUGCCAGUGUACAUCUGUGGAGACUGUCACAGAACUCACGGAAUUUGCCAAAUCCAUCCCAGGCUUCUCCAACCUGGAUUUAAACGAUCAGGUGACACUAUUGAAGUAUGGGGUGUAUGAAGCCAUAUUUGCCAUGUUGGCCUCUGUGAUGAACAAGGACGGGAUGCUGGUGGCCUAUGGGAAUGGAUUUAUAACCCGGGAGUUCCUGAAGAGCCUGAGAAAGCCAUUCUGUGAUAUAAUGGAGCCAAAAUUUGAUUUUGCAAUGAAAUUCAAUGCGCUGGAUUUGGACGAUAGUGAUAUAUCCCUUUUUGUUGCUGCCAUUAUUUGCUGUGGAGAUCGUCCUGGUCUUGUAAAUGUAGGACACAUUGAAAAAAUGCAGGAGAGCAUUGUGCACGUACUGAAACUUCACUUGCAAAACAACCAUCCUGACGACACCUUCCUCUUCCCAAAACUUCUCCAAAAAAUGGCUGAUCUCCGACAGCUGGUCACAGAGCAUGCUCAGCUUGUUCAGAUAAUCAAGAAGACUGAAUCUGAUGCACAUUUACACCCUUUACUACAGGAAAUCUACAGGGAUAUGUAUUGAGGAUUUUUAGUAUUUUUUUCCACGAUAUUUAAAGACAGAGAAAUAAAGAUGGGAGCAAAACUACUUGUACUGUUACGUGCAGUUCGCUCAGCCCAGAGCAGGAAAAAUCUAAAACUGGGGAACUGGAGUGUUACACUUCUUUUGGUUUGGGAUCUUUUGUCUUCUUUUGGAAAAGUGAUGCAGAAAAAUACUGGUCAGAGUGCUCAAUGAAGUGUCUUAAAAUGGUUCUUUUAUUUGGAAAUUUGAAGAUUGGUAAGGAAUACAUAUUUGUAUAAUAAAUCAGAAUGUUAAGUAACAGAAGUGAUCAAAAUUGUAUUUCCUCUUGGCUUAGUCAUUUUAGUAUUAAUGUAACAAAUUCAGCACCUUCCUUCCAGGUAUCUGCACAAUCAGAAAGAUGAUGCACUUUUGCCUAAUGAUAAUUACUGAGAACCAGCUAACUCUUUUUCUUAAAGCAUUCAGUCUAGGUGUAGCAAAUGACUGGAUUUCCAUUUACUUCUAAAAAUUUGGAAAGAUCCUUGAUCCGUUGCUGCUUUAAUUCCAUGAAAUUAUGUACAGCUUCCUCUAGUGUUACAUUGGCAUACUUCGGGUUAGCACGUUUAAAAGAUGGUUCUCUUACGGAAUUAAGCAAAAUCCAAAGAGUUAUCUAAAUUACAGCAGAGAUGCUCCAACAGGUGUGUCUUGAGGAGUAAACAUGAUAAACUGAUGGGACCUUUUUGUUUCAAAAGUCUUUUAAUGAAAUGUGAAAAUAACACUUAAGAAAAAUAUAUUGUAUACCCUGUAUUUUUGUAGAACUUGUAAUAGCUCAGGAUGCAAUUUUGACAUAAAAAUACUAAUUUGAAUUAGCAAGAGUUUUGAAGAGACUGAAAAAUAUGAUUCUACCCCAGGAAAAAAAAAAAAAAAAAAAAUUUUGACUUUCCAGCAGUGAUCCUUCACUCUACUGCAAAGGAAUGAUUGGAUAGGAAAGACACUAGCUUCCUUUAAGUGUCUUGGCAGUAUAGUUGUUUGGACCUGUUUACUUUUCUGAUGAAUACACUGCUUCAUUUUUUACCCACUUGGAUAUAUUUUUAUACCUUCUUCAGCCUGACUGAUAGAAGUAUUUGGUACUUGUUUUCACCAGAUUUUGUCUGUGUGGAUAAGGUGACAGUAAUUCCAAGAGCAGUGUUUCAAUGUGUCAGACUCUGUCAUAGUGCGAAAGGCAGCACAGCUGAAAGUAAGUUUAUCAUGCUUCUAGAAGUAAACUAAUUUUUACAACCACACUUUCUGUACUCCUGGUGCAAACUAAGCCACAAGGAAAUGGCUUCCUGAUUUGCCACUUCAUGGGCUCUUUUCUCAGAAAGCUGCCCAGAAGUGCCAGCUGCAUGCAAGACACUCUGCUGUUUCUCUUUCAUAUCUUUGAUAUGGUAACUUCACAUAAUUACCUGCAAUUUUACUUUCUGUUUCACAACAAUGAGGUCCCAGGGGCAGUCCCAGCAUUUUCACUACAGUUAAGCUUUCAGUGGCACAAUAGGACACUUUGCGCUUGUUUUAUUGUGGCACAUUUGAAGACACCAGAAUCUUCACUGCAAGGAUUGAGUGAUGAAGUGAGAUCACACUGUUGUUCUUA